AAUCCUUGUGGCAUGAGAUUGAUCAUCUAGAGACUCUUGAGUGGGAGGGUCCCAAAGAUGCACAGACUCACAGAAAGCAAGUUGAGACAAAUAUGGUAUUUGAAUUUCUGGCUGGCCUGAAUUCAGAUUAUGACAUUGUGAGGCAAUAGAUACUGACCAGAGAUAGUGUGACCCUCUCUCAAGCAUACUCCCUGGUGCAUAGUGAAGAGAUCAAGAGGAAAGUCAUGAUGCAACCUCAACCCCUUUCCCCAGCCCUGGCAGUUGUUAAACCUAAAUUAGGGGGUGAUCCAGAAAGGGACAGGAAGAAGGAAGAUAAACGGGACCUGGUAUGUGAACAUUGCAAGAAACCCAAGCACACAAAAGAUACUUGUUGGAAGCUGCAUYCUCAUUUGGUCCCAGCAAAACUGAGAAAUAAGAAGGGUAAUGCUCAUGUGGCUGUGAAUACUGAUUUAGCAUCCUCGUCAGGCACAAAAGGCACACCCCUGGAGACCUUAGCCGCAGUUCGGGCUGCCCUAAUACAGUUGGAAAAGGAAGUUGGGAGUUCAGCUCAGCCAUCUCAGUCACCAUCAGCCCCUGUCACAUCUGCAUUUGCACAUUCAGGACUUGGAGACGAGGAAGGUGAUUGGGAUUGGUCGUGAGACGAAUGGGAUCUAUCUGCUCGGAGAGAGUUCUCGUUGGGAAGAGCCAG